AUGACAGCGAUCGUUCGCAAUUAUCAGUACAUAUCACCACCUCUCCCAAGCAGCCAAGAAGACAAUCGGCGCCAAAAUACACUCGAAAGAACAGACGAAAACGGACUUCAUUCCACACUGUUCAUCAUCCCAAAGAAAACAGGGGGCUUACGAUCUAUCCUGAACCUACGUCUGCUCAACUUGCAGCAUCUACAGAAGAACCGUUCAUUCACGAUGGAGACCAUAAGCCACGUUUGCCGUAUGAUACAGGCCAACGGUCUUCUAGCAAGCAUCGACCUCGAGAUCGCCACGCCUUCACUUGUCUGGAUCAAAGUCCUUCGACCAGUACUCCGAUGGGCACGCCGGCGAGGCAUUCGCAUCUCGGCUUAUUUGGACGAUAUCUUGAUCGCCGCCAAAUCGUCGGCCCAAGCUUUUCAUAUCGACACCAAGAUCAUGCAAUUCUCUGUUCCUCCGACGAAACUACGCGACUUACGUCGAGAAGCACGACGGCUACUAAACCGACCCACGACAUCAGUACGCCUUCUCUCCUCGUUUAUCGGGAAAGCACAAGCCGCCAGAUUAGCUGUAUUGCCAGCUGGUUUUUACACUCGUCAAGCGAUUGCUUGGCGCAACCGGAUGCUAGCCAGCGGGUUCACAUGGGGUUUGCAGAUUCAGCUCUCAGCAUCGGUAUGUAUGGCAGGAGCUUCCAUGGUGGGUCGAACAUCCACCGCCUUGGAACGGGCAGAGUUUUUUCCCUUCUACUCCCCACAUGCAAGUCUUCACGAAUUCAUUAGAUCAGGGAUGGGGCCUGAUUUUCAACAACAAGUCGAUCACCGCGUCUAG